AUGCUGAUACUACAGAUAUCAAGCAAAACAACAGUGAAUGAAAUUAAUGAAAUUAUGGAGGAAAUUUUUUCAAGAAUACAAUGCAUAACGCUUACACGUGAACGCUUAGAUAGAAUUAAAAAUUAUUUUGCAAAAUCAAAAAUGCUUGCAUUAUGUGAAUCGGAUGCAUUUGAAUGGAUAACUGAUAAUAUGCAAACAAUUUAUAAAAAUCCAAUAAAUGCAUGCAAAAAAUUACGCAUUGCUAUUGGUAGUCGAAGUAUUUCAAUUGAUUUAGCUACAAAGGCUCUUCAAUUAUUUGUGGAAAAUCAUUCAAUCUGUAUGACUGAUAUGAUAAAAUAUUGCUCUUAUGAGGGACGAAGUGAAAUAACAAUAAAUGAAUUAUCACAAAUAUUAAAACGUUUAAUUAAAAUGAAUAUCAAAAAUGUUUUAUUUGAUAAUUCUGAUCGUAUUUCUACACUACUAUUUCAAGAAAAUCCAUCUCAUACAUAUCAACUUUAA